GAUAAUAGACACAAAGGCAAUUUUGGUGUAUUAGGGCUGACGUGAAUACUUUUCGGAAAUGGAGGACUCACAGCUUCCGGUUUACAUUCCCGAUGCCGAUUACAAUGAUUUGGAGGACGAAGUCGGCAGAGAUACGUCAUCGCAUCUGGAAGAAGAAGUGUUCGCUAACCCGACCUACGAACUCGACGUCCAAACCGACAGAGUAGAUCGAGAUGAAGUGGAGAACGAUGACGAUGUGAACACCAAUCAUGUCAAUGAACCCGUCGAAGUCAGUGACCACCAAGAAGAGGUAGCAGUCCUCGAUGUCGUAGUCGUGGAACACAACGAGACAUCGUCCGAGAGGUCUUCGGAGGUCGAACAUCGAGGGUACGAUACGAUGAAUGGAGCCAUCCCAACCAUCCCUGCUCGACCGAACGGAAUGGACGUCGAACGGGCGGGCGAUUUCCCCACGACGAGGCACGACCUCACUGCUGAAGGAAAACGGAUACGCGAAAGAGAGCUAACAAUUUGCAUGUCUAUGUUCGUCGUCACCAUUAUCCUGCUCGUCGUCAGCCUCGUUAUUUACUUUGCCGUAUCAUCAGCCAGAAGCCUGUCCGCGACAACGGAAAGUCCUAUGUCGUCAGCGACACCUUAAAAGCUCAACACCAUCACGGAAAUACACCAUGGACACGCUGCAAAAUCCGUCAACAUUUUCCCUGUGAUAUGGUUGUCACCCUUCGUAAAAUGCCACUUACUUUGAACAAACUUUACACCAUUCCCAAAAUGUCAAUGAAAGCUAAAACAAAUCAUUUAAUGUAAUUUUUGAACGCAUUUUCAGACAUUGAUUGUUAUUCAUAAUCAUGUUUAAUCGCAGAUACACAAGUUUCAUUUUAUUUGACAAUUUUUGUCGCUUCCAUACGUAUUCAAUUCAAUCCAAUAAAAUAAUUGUCAGUCAAUUCCCAUAAUUUUUAGUCUUGGAUGCUGUAACAUAAGAUCCGGCAUCUCGUAAACCUUUCACAUGUCUUAGGUCCGAGUGUGCGGAUAUAAUUGAAUCGGAUAUCUCUUUAACCCGAAUUUUCCUGGUCCGAAGAAGACGGUUGGUGAGA